AUGGUAAGAAUUAUGCUGAUCUCUAAACCUGACUUUUUACCUUUGGUUUUAGCAAUAUUUGCCAAAUUAAAUAGUACACUCAACCAUGUGUCUGUAAACAACAUAGGGACUGCUGAUAGGGACUCCGUGGUGUCGGAAACUUUCACAUAUGCCAGUUUGUGCAACACAGACCCCAUUCCCUCACUACAUGCAGUGCAACCUAGUGUCUGCAGCUCCAAAAAGAAAGCAAGCUUCUGGAACUUCCUUGAAUCUGUCAGCUGCGACAUCAUAUGUGGCUGUGAAACGUGGCUAAACCCAACAAUAUAUGAUGCUGAAGUUCUUCCAACUAACAUCAACUACACCAUACACCGUAAGGAUAGACCUGAUAGCUAUAGAGGGAGCCUAAUUCUUAUUAAGGACAACAUUGUCAGCGAACCAGUCGAAGUCAACACUCCAUGUGACAUCCUAUUCCAGAAAAUUAAAUGCAUCAAUAAAGAGACCCUCAUCAUCGGCUCAGCUUACAGACCAACUAAUAAUGAUGAAGAAUAUUCAAGACAUCUAUUCAAAGCCAUCUCACACAUCUGCAAUAAAUUUAAAAAUGCUACUAUUUGGAUUGCAGGUGACUUCAAUCUACCAGAUAUUAAUUGGUCAAACAACGCAAUCAAUGGACACCAAUACAGGAAAGCAAUAAAUGAACAAUUUCUUCUCCUAGAACCUGAACUAGGCUUCACACAAAUUGUUGACUUCCCUACAAGAGGCGACAAUAUACUUGACCUUUUCCUCACUAAUCGACCACAACUUGUCAACCGCUGUACAACAACCCAAGGGAUAAGCGACCACCACGCCAUAUUUGUUGACACCAACAUGUGUGCCACACGUAUUAAACCAACAAAGCACACCCUGUACAUGUGGGGGAAGGCCAACAUCAAUACCAUUAAAGAAAAAAGCAAAGCCUUAUCAGAUACCUUACAAGAGAAAAUCAACCCAUCUUCAGACAUUAAUUACAUCUUGACUUUUUUCAAAAAUGGCUGCCAAAAGAUCAUUGAAGAUGAAGUCCCACAUCGCCAAAGUGCUCAAAGAUUCAAUCAGCCAUGGAUCAACCGGGAUAUAAGGCGAAUUACCAGACUGAAACGAAGGUGGUUCCGGCGUGCCAAGAACUCAAACUCCACUUCUGACUGGUCAAAAUAUAAAGAUAUCAAAAGGAAAGCCCAGCGCCUAAGCAGAUCUGUCCACGAUGCCCACAUAUCAGACAUGCUCCAGCCAGACCAUUAA